CUCAGACCAGACCAGACAAAAGAGUACGGGGAAAGCAGUUAAAAAGAUGCGCGACACAGGGUCGUUGCAACUCAUUUGUUCUCAAGAUCUAAGCUCUACAGCCUAUAGAGUCCAAGCCUAUAUACACGUAAACAAAAAAUGAGGCCAGAAAUAGUGUUAUUUGGAGAUUCAAUAACAGAGCAGACUUUCAGAUCAGGUGGUUGGGGUUCAUCUCUUGCUGACACUUACUCUCGCAAGGCUGAUGUGUUAGUUCGUGGUUAUGGUGGUUACAAUACUAGAUGGGCAUUGUUCUUGUUACAUCACAUAUUCCCUCUGGACAAUAAAAAACCUCCAGCGGUCACCACAAUUUUCUUUGGGGCUAAUGAUGCAGCCCUUCUUGGGAGAACGAGUGAAAGGCAGCAUAUUCCUGUGGAAGAGUACAAGGACAAUCUCAGAAAAAUAGUUCAGCAUUUGAAGGAAUGCUCCCCCACCAUGCUAGUUGUGCUUAUUACUCCACCACCAAUCGAUGAGGCAGGGCGUAAAGAAUAUGCACAUUCCAUAUAUGGUGAGAAAGCUAUGAAAGAGCCUGAAAGGACAAAUGAAGUGGCAGGAGUUUAUGCAAGACAGUGUGUUGAGCUGGCCAAGGACCUGGGAAUCCCUGCCAUUGAUUUGUGGUCCAAAAUGCAGGAAACAGAGGGUUGGCAGAAAAAAUUCCUCAGUGACGGGUUGCACCUGACGCCAGAAGGCAAUGCAGUGGUUCACCAAGAAGUUGUGAGAGUUUUGAAAGAAGCAUGGUUUUCUCCUGAGCAAAUGCCAUAUGAUUUUCCUCACCAUCAGUAAUUGAUGGAAAACACCCUGAGAAAGCUUUCCAACUGCAAUGCUCUCAGAAUUUCGUCAAGAAAGGCUUGGAAAUUUGUUCUCUCGUUUAAUUUUUCUAUUUGAUGAAAAGAUUUGGAAAUCAUGGUAAUGUUGUCCUGUAUUAUUCCACAAUGAAAAAGUAUUGGCCUUCUUGCUUUUUCUUUGAUAUUGAU